GUAUUCCUAGAAAGAGUGUAGCUGCAUUCAUGUCAUGCCACACUUGGGCACCUGUAUGACAGAAUACCACAUGGAUUCUUGAAACACACUAUCACAGAGGCAAUCAAGCCUAUGUCAGCUUACUCUCAGCCGCAGAGCCAAACGUAGCAUUCAAGCCUCUACAUGACAUUGGGCGCCUUGUGCAGAAGGCAUCAAGUAUACCCAAAUGAUCUUUUGAAACCCCAAGUGUCUUGAGGUCAGCAUUUUGUGUCAGAUCCAUAAUUUUCAAACAUUUUAACAAAGGAUUUUAGUUUUUUCAGCAGCUAUUUCUGAUCAAAUGAGGAGCAAGGAAGACUAAAAAACAAAGGCCAUGCCUGUUGCUUGUGUUUCUACUUAGCAGUAAGUGUAUUUGGAGAGUUGUCUUCUGUCUAUUUGAAUGUGAUUCAAAGCUAACUGCUAGCCUGUGAUAGUAUUUCUGAGUUGUGUUACAGUGUUCUGCUAGCUACAGUCGUGCACAUUCUGCUUGUUAGAUUUGUGUGUCGUUUAUGCGCUCCUUGUGUUGAUUGCUUGAUGCAAUCAUCAAAAGUUCAAAGCACAGACACACUCCUGUGAUCCGGCACACACACAAGUGUAAUCAAAGGAACGCACUCCUGUAAUCAAAGGCACACACAAUCUUUGAUCUAUAACACAAAACAGGAAGACAACCACAAUUUCACAGACAGAUGCUUAAAGGAAUUAAACAAUAAUUCUUCAUCACAACAAGUCCUGGAUAUUGGAACCAUUCUCUGUAAAAGUACUCCACAGCAUUUCGAACUAUCCAACCACCACAGAACUCUGCUGUGACAGAAAACGCACACAGCGUAGUUCAGGAUGGCCCUCAAUGUGCCUGGUCUGCUGGUGAUGGCAGCGUUCUACCUGUUGAUCUUGGGCACAGGCAUCUGGGCAUCCAUGCGCUCCAGAAGAGAGGAGAAGAAGUUCAUGGGAGACGGCAUGGAGAUGACACUACUAGCUGGACGCAACAUCAACUUGCUAGUUGGCAUCUUCACUCUUACUGCUACGUGGGUUGGUGGAGGCUUCAUCCUUGGUAUAGCUGAGGCAACGUACAACCCAACACUGGGAGCAGUGUGGGCUCUCAUGCCUGUGCCCUAUGUACUGACCUUCUUCUUAGGUGGCUUUUUUUUUGCAAAGCCCAUGAGAGAAAGCAAGUAUGUGACAAUGAUGGAUCCAUUCCAACAGAAGUAUGGGAACGUCCUGAGCAGUGCGCUGAUCCUUCCCGCAUUAGUGGCUGAUGUCCUGUGGGUGGCUCGCACACUCGUCAGCCUGGGUGGAACUAUGAGUGUGAUCCUGGAUCUGUCCUACGUCUACUCCAUCAUCAUCUCCUCAGUGGUGGCCAUAAUCUACACACUGCUGGGGGGGCUCUACUCUGUGGCCUACACAGACGUCAUCCAACUCAUCCUCAUCUUUGUCAGCCUGUGGGUGUGUGUUCCUUACCUGAUGGACAACCCUCACUCUGUGGACAUCUCACUGACGGCCUACAACUACACCUUCCAGGCUCCCUGGGUUGGCACGGUGGAGCUCGAUCAGGCCGGCAAGUGGUUUGACGACUUCAUGCUGCUGGCUCUGGGCGGCUUGGCCUACCAGGCGUUCUACCAAAGAAUCCUGUCCGCCUCAUCUUACACCCAGGCUCAAGUGACCUGCUUCGCCUCCUCGGCCUUCUGCCUGGUGCUUGGUAUCCCCUCCAUACUAGUGGGAGCUGUGGCUGCAUCUACAGACUGGAACUCAACUAGGUAUGGACUGCCCACCCCAUAUGAGCGGGACCAGGCAGGCUCCAUCCUCCCCAUCGCCCUGCAGUACCUCACACCAUCAUACAUCUCUGUCAUCGGUAUUGGAGCAGUAGCUGCCGCUGUCAUGUCCUCGAUGGACUCUGCUCUUCUGUCCUCCGCUUCAAUGUUCUCCUCAAAUAUUUACAAGAACAUCCUCAGGAAACAGGCAUCAGACCGUGAGAUGCAGUGGGUUAUCCGUAUCUCAGUGGUGGUGGUGGGUCUGGCCGGCACUGCUCUUACCUUCCUGGACAGCAGUGUCCUGGUCUUCUGGCUCGUGGGUGUGGACAUGUCUUACACCAUCAUGUUCCCUCAGCUAGUCUGCAUCCUCUUCUUCAAAGUGUCUAAUGGUUACGGAGCCACUGUGGGCUACAUGAUGGGAAUAAUCCUGAGGAUCCUGAGCGGCGAGCCCCUGAUCGGCCUGCCACCCACCAUCAAGUUCCCUGGCUGCCGGCUGGACAACAAAAAAAAGUUAACCCAGUUUUUCCCCUUCCGCACCACCAUCAUGAUCUUAUCACUUGUCUCCAUUCUUCUUGUCUCCUGGUUGGCGUCAAUCAUUUUCAACAAGGACCUGCUGUCUGAGAAGUGGGAUGUGUUUCAGAUCAAACGCAAACAGAAACCGGCACCCAGAGCCUCAGAUGACAAGAGGACCAACUCUGAUAACGAAGAAGCCUCCGCGGCUAAGCAGCUACUGGACACCACCAGUUGCUAGGAGGCUCACAAAGAGGGAGAGCAGAGGUACUGGUUUGCAUACAUCAGAAGAGUUUGAGUUGUCUCAUGGUCUUCAGAAAUCAGGAAAAUUUCCUUCCUGGCUAGAUCAUGCUUGCAACCUUGCCAUUAGUCAGCAUAGCACAGAGUAAAGAUGAUUUCAUAGAUAAAGCCCCACAAUAAUAUGCCAGAGACUGUACUGCAUUAUAUGUAUCUAUUGUCAUACCUCACUGUAAAAGAGGCAGCAAGCCAUUUAAAUUAAUUUCUAUUCAACUUAAAAAAAAAAAAAAAUCACAAUGAUACAACGUAUACCUCCGUAUUCAUUAGAUACUCUUGAAUUAAGUUUGGACAUUUGUACAGAUUUAUUUGAAUGGCCAUCUUUUACACCCACACAAAUUGAAACAGAUCUGGUUUCAGUCCCUGGGAGGCAGUGCUGUGGCAACAGUUUGUGGCAAAAAGACAUUUGCACAAGAAAAUGCACCUACAGUAGUCCCAAAGAAAUUAGUCCAGCUGGAUUAAAAAAUCCAUUACAAUCCAUGUAAUCAAAAAUCUGUCCGAUUUUUCUUUCGUAAGAGGAAGUGAAUCAGUCACAUAUCCUCUCAGAAAAGAGGAAUGCAAGCCAUUUUCUCCAUCCUUUUAGAGUUAGAUAGUCAUUCAUUCUAAACCCAGGUGUGGCUGGCAGCAAAUUUCUAAUGAAGCAAUGUUGUAAUUAGGUUCUUAGCUUUUCUCUCAGUAUGAACCUCUGCAAAUGAUUUGACAAGCAUGACGGGGUUCUCUUUCAGACCAACACAAAAAUGCUGAUGAACACAAAAUUACGUACACUCUGCACUGUUCCAUCAUACAUUUGUUUUCUUAUCGUUUUUUUUUCCUAUCUUGACCGGAUCUUCUGCCUUCCGCUGUACUACACAGCAAAAAUAAUUACUCUUAGCAUAUUAGUUCAAAUUAGAUAAUCUUACAUUUUCAAUGUUACAUAUAUACAAAAAAAUCGUUGCUUAUACAUACUGUGAUUUUAUUUAAAAUGACAAUGUGCUGCUCUAUGAUAACUAAACUGCAUAGCUACAGUUUAUCAGAUAUUUCUCCGUAGCAGCAAUCUACACUCCUGAUUCUUGGAUUUUGUAAAAAUGUAUCUGAGUGAAUGCGAGGUGAGGAUAUUCGGAGGUGGGAACUUUUGGAAUAUAUAAAGAAUUGUAUGUAAAUUUGAGAGGUAAAACUUUUACCUCCAGCUCCAAAAUACUGCUCAGUAUAUACAAAUGCUAAGACAGUUUUCCUUUUUUUUACCACACUGUGACAACGUUUGAAACCACCCAUGUACAGAUUAUUUUAGUGUUCCAAUCUGUCAAAGUUGGGUUGCAGUGCAAUGCAGUUGUGCUAGAAAGUCGCAAAAUGCAACCAAAAGCAAAUAGGCUAAAAUGAAAAAAACCUUUCAGGCUUAGAAUAUUUAAUUUACUGACAAAUUUAAUUUGACCCUUUUUGUUUAGGAAAAAUGCAGCCUCCCAACAUAUCCCACCCUCUCAAAUCCCAUUCCUCUCAGCUGCAAUUUGAUGACAUGAUAGAUAACUGAAUGUGGAGAGUGACAACACCAGAUAUCCGCAUUUUCUUCCUUUAUUUUUUCGUCAGCUUCCUUCAGUGUGAGCCUUUAAGUUCAGUGAUUUUUGUACUGGACAGUUUUUGCUGUUUGUUACUGUAUGCAAAGCAGUAGUUAACUGUGGGAUCAUUUUUCUUCUUAGGUGGUAAAAAAAAAAGUGCAGCUAAGUUUCUGAUCAUUUGCAUUAAAGUUUAACAAAUACAAAUUUCACUCCUUUUUAAUGAUACAACUUUAGUUGAGAAUCUGUUGUGAACAGAGAUGUAAUGUGUGACAGUCAGAAAACUGCCCUCUAUCAUAGUCUUGCCUUUUAAUUAUCACUGGAAACCGGUUCACUCCCCUGUCAACAUUUAUUUUAUUUGCUGCACAUUAUAAAAUGGGUGUAUACUGUAGUCACUGUUAAAAUACCUCAUGGAAUGGUAACAUUGGCUUUAUGUAUACAAAACGUUAACCUAUGAUUCUGACUUCUAUCCUGGGAAAAUUUAAUGAAUGUCAUUUUCCAAAGACAGAUCACAGAGAACAAACUGUGAAAACAGGACGCAUGCAGAACACAGAGCAUGUAUGUUUUUUAUGUGAUUGUGAUUUCUACCUGUAUUAAACUCUUGUAUUGUAUAGUCUGAUGAUUUGUAUGUUUACACUUUAUUUUUUUUUGAUAUGCAAAGUUGAUUGAUAUGCAUUAAGUAGAAGAGAAACACCAAUGUAUCUUAUCUCAAAUAACUAUAAAGUUUUACUUCAGUUUUGGUGAAUAUUCAAAGGAUUUUCACCUCCACUUAUAAAAAUCGCUGGGCAGCAGUCAAUUUGUUGGUGCUGAUUCUGAGCAGAUGUGUGUUGUACACAUUUCACAGGAAAAACCUGUGACUUCAUUCAUUUAGAAUGAACACCCCCAAAAAACAAAGAUAAUGUGUCAAGACAUGAUUUGAUGGAAGUAAAGUCGCCGGCAGUCACCAGCAAGCCGCCCAUGACGUGAUAGAUAGCAAUGCCUUGAUAGUGGAGCAUAAGUAUAUUAUCACCUGUGCUUUUUAUUACUUUUUGAGCAAAAGUGUUAAUUUCCCAUGUUAGAUAAGUCGAAUGACAUCUAUGAAUGUAGUGGACAGUUGUAUUACCUUUACAAUAUAAAUUAGGUUAGAGUUCAUUACAUUUUCCCUUAAUAUGUAUUUGGUUUUAUACUAUUAUGCAUGAUGAUUGUCAUUAACAGUGUUGUUUAUAUACCGAACUUUUGUGGAAGCUGUUUUCUCUUGCCACUUGGCAAUGUCCUUUGUAAUUAAUGUCAAUCCCCAUGGGGUGAUGUUCUGUUGGAAUAAAAGCUUAAACCUAA